AUGUCCUCAAAUUACCUUAAUGUAUUGUUGCUGCUAGUGAGUAGUUGUGCGGCGAAAAAUGAAGAGGCAUAUGAACAGAUAAUAAAUAAAGUGCUAAAGCAGUGCUCGUCAAAUUCAAAUGUGCCGUCUUGUUUAGCCGAUAGAGUUGCUUCGGUUGUGGAAUACUACGCUACCGUUGACAUUCCAAUCUUCAGUGGGCUGACUUUGAGUAAAAUUAAGGAACCUGAAGAAGUGCCAAGAACGAGGUCUCUACAAGACGGAUUUUCGCGACUUGCAAAUGCCAUGGAUGUCUUUGUUGAUACGCAUUCGAUUACUUUGGGUUUUGAAUUGAGCGGUGAAGAUGGCAGACAGGCUCGUCAGAAAGGCGGAAAGAAAGGAACAGGAGGAAUGCGCUAUAUAAUGUUAGCGUUAUUUGGAAUGUAUGGCAUUGUUGGAUCGUUCGUUACGAAAGCAGCAGCUCUAAUGGCCGGAAAAGCGCUCGUGGUAUCUAAAUUAGCGUUAGUGAUUGCCAGUGUGGUUGGUUUGAAGAAGUUGAUCGAAUCAGGCGAUAGGCAUUCAAGCGUGAAAGUAUACGCCCAUAGUGCCUAUGAUGAACAUGAUAGAAAUAUCGAUGAAAAUUCUCACAAAUUUUUCAGAACUGUGUAG